AAUUUGUAACGGUUGUGCAACGGUCACGCUGGAACGAACUGGCUUCAAAAUUUGGAUGUUAAUCAAUAGCAACAAUUAGAUAAUAAGUGAAAUUAUGCUUAGACAAUUAACACGGUCAGUGGGCCUGACCUCGCGGCUGCUCAGGCGGGUCAACUAUGCCACGAAUUCUUCGACUGGCCAGUCACAAAUUCCCGUAAACACGGCCCUGGAAAAUGGGCGGUGGGCGGAAAAGCUCAAGGCCGCCGGAGUCGAGGACACGGAAUUCAACGUAAAGUGCAUUGUGUCGCAUGUCCUGAAGAAAAAAUUCAAUACUGUGCCGGACUCCUUCGAUCAGCUGCAGUUCAAUCCCGGCCAGCUGGCGGACUUUGAGCGCUUCCUGGAGGCCCGAUGUGCCCGGAUGCCGCUGCAGCACAUCAUCGGCGAGUGGGACUUCAUGGACAUCACCCUGAAGACGUCGCCCUCGGUCUUUAUUCCACGCCCCGAAACGGAGGAGUUUAUCCGCCUGGUGAUCGAGGAGUACAAGGAUGCGAAGCACGUCGACCUGCUGGAGGUGGGCUGCGGUUCGGGCGCCAUGUCCUUGUCCAUGCUGCACAGCCUGCCGCAGGUGGAGGCCACCGCCAUCGAGAGGAGCAAAGCGGCCACCGUGCUAGCGGCGGAGAAUGCCCAGAUGCUGGGCCUGCUGGACCGCUUCAGGGUGCACAACCACACCAUGGAGGAGGACAAGUAUUUGCCGGAGGAGCUCAAGGAUCAGAAGUACGACCUGAUCAUCUCCAAUCCGCCGUACGUCAAAACGGAGGAGUUCCAGUUCCUCCAUCCCGAGGUGGUUGUUUAUGAGAACCUCAAUGCCCUGGACGGUGGCUCGGAUGGCUUGAAGGUGGCCCGCCUGGUCUUCGAACUGGCCUGCCGGCACCUUCGUCCUGGCGGCAAGCUCUGGCUGGAGCUGGGAAACGACCAUCCGCCGUUGGUCAAGACCAUCAUGAAUCUGAAGUACGAGGGCCGCCUCAAGUUCAUCGCCGGCUACAGUGACCAGUAUAAGCGCGAGAGAUUCGUCCAGAUCGAGAAGGUCUAGGCGGUGUUACCACAUCGACAGGACUGGAUGAUUUGACUUAGACAAUGCAAUUAGCUAUUACGAUGCCCAUGCAUUUAGCUGUGAUUUGAUUUAUGAUUUAUGACCACAAAACCUGCACGCUGCCCAGAGACUCACACAGUAUAUAUAUUGAAUAUAUAUCGCUAUUUAACCUAAA